CAACAGAAGGGACUCAAAUACAAUGGGCUGCAAUGAUUUGAUAUCUUGAUUCGCUGCGUAUUUGUCCUCCAACCUCAACUGAUUCUUGUUGCUACAAUAAAUCGUUGCGAAUCACACUCACAACCGCCAGCACCUCCGAGGGCUUACAGCAGGGCUGGCACCGACACCGCAAACAAAAGUCCACGAAUACCUCCGUACCAGCUAAUCAUUUGAUCUCAUUUGAUUCUAUCGACGCCCACCUCUAUUUUAAGAAGGCGACACAGAAAAUUCCAGCUCAGCCACCUUUCCCGCCCGAAACUUACAAGCCAGAAACAAAAACGAAAUAAAAUAAAAACAUGUCCAAACUCCUCCGCGACCGUGCAGUGCCGCUGGGCAUCGUAGCAGCCCUCGCGGGAGGGGUAGCCUACUCCAUGGCGGGCGGGCGGUCGCAACCGCGGCCGAUGGCAACGGGGUCACAGGCCGAGACGACGCUGGGGCAGACGAUGCAGGGGAUCGCGGGCUCGGGCGGGCCCAGCGCGCGGUCGACGCAGGACGUGCGCGCCGACUCGGAGCUGGGGUAUGACCCCAAGGGCGACACCAAGAUGUUCUCGGCGUCGCCCUCGGCGCACAGCAAGCGCAACCCGGAAAAGACGACGGGCGGCGCCGUCACUGAGGGCAAGGGGGGCGGCGAGACUCCAGGCGCCCUCGGAAAGCAUAUUGGUGAUAAGAGCGAAGGGUCGACGGAUUUGCCAUGGAAAGGAAAUCAGUGAUUGAUCAGCUUUGUGUGUGUACACUACUCCGUAUACACAGUAUGGGAUGGUGGGGAUGUGGCGUUCUCGGGGGGGUAUAAAAGGCUGUGGAAACUGUGGAGGAAUCCGACGCAGGGGCUGGAAUAUGAUGCAUUGAUGGACACAUCAAAAGGAGAGGGGGUGUAACAUACAUUGCUGAUGGGCUGGCUAAUAGAUCCCGGCAUGGGGAGUACGUUUAUGGCAUACCUAUCGAUGUCAAGAAAUCAGUCGUCGUCGCGUUCAUUGCUCAACGCGUUCUGCUGUCUGCCACCCGACAGAAGCUGAAUUGCUUCAAGCAGUU